AUGGUGGGAAAUUUUACUAUCAAAUCAAACUAUGAAUAUGAAAGUGCUCUCCGAGAUUCAGCAUCCGAUGAUAAAGUGGAUGAUGCCAUGCUGCCCCUUGACAAAAAGGCCGAUGUGGACGCCCAAGGUGGCGAACUUGCAAAUGAUCUUCAAGCCGCAGCAUACGAGGGAAAUCUAGAUGUUGUUAAGCUGCUCCUUGACAAGGGGGCCGAUUUAAACAUCCAAGGUGGUGAAUAUGGAAAUUGUCUCCAAGCUGCAGCAUGCGGUGGACAUCUGGACGUUGUCAAGCUGCUCCUCAGCCAGGGUGCGAAUAUCGACAUUCUUACAGUUGACUCUCGGGGCGCGUCAUUGCUACAUUCUGCUGUCGCUUGUAAAGACAGAGAAACCCUGAAUUUUCUUCUUGAAGCUGGCGCACAUAUUUACAUAGCUGAAGCUGAUGCUUUCAACCAGACACCACUACAUAUCGCUGCUUCUUACUAUCCAGAAGCCUUUCAAAUCCUAGAAAACUCGUUGAACCUAGCUGCCAAGAACGAUAAUAUGGACGCAUGGGCCCUUAUGCGCGUUGCUAUCAACAAAGAAGACAUUGAUGGAUGUACUCCUUUACACCGUGCUGUUGAAAAUCGUACUUUGGAGGCUGCAGAAUGGCUUAUCAAUCAUGGGGCCAAUGUUGAUAUUGAAGAUUUCAACAAGACCACUCCAUUUCAGCGCGCCUCUCAGUUGAAAGAUUUCAGCAUGAUGAGCCACCUCUUCCCUCAUGUCACCAAAAACUUUAUAAAGGCAACAGACUGGAGAGCUUGCACCCCUCCAGGGGCUAAAAGAAAUAUAGUUCUAGCUCCAGGCGGACUAGAGAUACCUCCUGUACAAUUGAAGGAUAGUCAGGAAUUAACGCAAUAUUUUAAUGCGAUGUCAUAUUCCUUGAAUUUUCCCACAACAAGCAUAUCAGCACAGGGUGAUAAGUGUGUCGCUACUACUUUUUCACAGGGGGCAGUCGUGUGA